AGUCAGGGAUAUUUAAAUUCGUGGCAUUUGAGCAGUACUAGUAGGUGGUCAACAUCAAAUGCUCUCCUCCUUCCCUGCCCUGAGAGAAAAGAAGAGAAACCAGCAUAUAAGGCUGAUAUGCCACAGGCAACAGCAGCACUGCUAGCUAAUCAUGUCAUGUGGAUCCAAUCCAAGCUAUAGCACACAUGGCAUAUAAACAUGACCCAUGAUCCCACAAGUCGCCAUACCAGAGAUACACAAGCUAUAGUCCACCAUCCAUCCAUCUACAUCCAUUCCCAUCCCCUGCUUGCUCUCUGCUGUACGAGAGCCAAUGCAUAUGAUGCACACGGCCAUGAAGAAGAGGAGGAGGUGGCAAUGUCUUGUAUCUCGUCCUAACAAACUCCUCUUGUUCCUCCUCCUGGCUGCAGCCUCCUCCUGCUGCAGUUGCAGUGCAUCGUCAGUGGACGGCAAGAUGGGGAGGAUCCACAGCCAUCUCAAACGGAUCAACAAGCCAGCAGUACGAACCAUACAGCAGAGCCCGGACGGCGACAGCAUCGACUGCGUGGCGCGGGAGCAGCAGCACGCGCUGGACCAUCCGCUACUGAAGAAGCACAAGAUCCAACUCAAGCCCACCAGCUUCCCCAUCAACGGCAGCGGCAGCGGCAGCGGGGGAAGGAGAGCGUGGCAGACGUGGCACCACGUAGGACACUGCCCCAAGGGCACGGUGGCCGUCCGGAGGACCAACGCCGACGACGUCCUGCGCGUGGGCAAGCCGCUCUCCGGCUUCGGACGCAAGCACCAUGAACACCGAUCGCGACGCGCCGCCAACGCGCCGGACGUCGUCACCGGCAACGGCCACGAGCACGCGAUCGCGUACACGCAAGGAGAGGUGUACUACGGCGCCAAGGCGACCAUCAACGUGUGGGAUCCGUCCAUCCAGGAGCCCAAUGGCUUCAGCCUCUCCCAGCUAUGGAUCCUCUCCGGCUCCUUCAACGGCUCUGACCUCAACAGCAUCGAGGCAGGAUGGCAGUACGUGAUGCAGGUGAGCCCAGCGCUGUACGGUGACAGCAGGCCGCGGCUCUUCACCUACUGGACGAGCGACGCCUACGAGGCGACGGGGUGCUACAACGCGCUCUGCCCGGGCUUCAUCCAGACCAGCCCCCACAUCGCCAUCGGCGCCUCCAUCUCCCCCGUCUCCUCCGUCUCCGGCAACCAAUACGACAUGACCCUCCUCGUCUGGAAAGAUCCCAGGCUCGGCAACUGGUGGCUCAGCUACGGCGGCCAGCUCGUGGGCUACUGGCCGGCCGCGCUCUUCACGCACCUCGGCUCGGCGGGCGGCCACGCGUCCAUGGUCGAGUGGGGCGGCGAGGUCGUCAACACCAGCCCCGGCGGCGCCCACACGGCCACCCACAUGGGCUCCGGCAGGUUCGCUUCCCAAGGGUUCGGGAAGGCGAGCUACUUCAGGAAUCUGGAGACGGUGGAUGCCGGGAACAGCCUGGUGCCCGUGCCGUUGGAUGCGUUGCAGACGCUGGCGGAGGAUGCCGGGUGCUAUGAUAUUAACAAGGCGUUCGAUGAUGGGAGGCAGGGCUGGGGCACGCAUUUCUACUACGGGGGACCUGGACACAACCCAGCUUGCCCCUGACCUCGUCUCGUCUGCAUACUACUCCAUGGAUCUGCAUUGCUUGCAGCGUUUGUUUCAUUCAGAUCCAAGGAUAUAUCGAUCGAGAUGACUUAAUUGGUAGCUAAAUUUUGACCCAGCUCUGGCUGAUUACGUACUGGAGUACUACUACUCAGAUUAAUCAAAAAUAGCAGUAGCUAGCAGGUCAAUCGGCAUGGGUUUCGCUGAAUCCUAUGGAUUCCCGAUCCAUCUCGUUACUGCUGCUACUUGUCUGUCUGCUGGAUUAAUUCUCUGGCGGAGUAUUCAGCGAGUGGAUGCGUGGACCAAUGUAAAGAAUGAAAAGCUUGCAAUUUUUGUGUCCAUGGAUA